AACACAAUUCGCGCCAAAGUCAGAACCGUGUUAGUGUUCCGUCUGGAGAGGCUGGUGCUUGUUACACUGAGAUUGAUACAAAGUAUUGGCAAGGAGAGCUAUCGAAAGAGGAGAUUGUGCGUACCUAAACCGGCAUCUAAAUAUUUGAAAUUUGACAAUAAAGCAGCUCAUCUAAAAUGGUAGAACGUAUUGAGGACCUGAACCUCCCAGCCGCUGUGGUAGCACGUUUGAUUAAGGAAGCAUUGCCUCCUUCUGCUAACGUGAGCAAGGAAGCACGUGCAGCUAUCGCUCGGGCAGCGUCUGUGUUUGUUAUCUACCUUACCGCCUCGUCGACAGCCGUAGCCCGCAAGAAAAACCAUAAAGCAAUUACAGCCCAACAUAUCCUUGAAGCAUUGGAUCAAUUGGAGUUUGAAAGUUUCGUCGCACCCCUGAACGAAGAUCUGGAAAAUUAUCGAAAAGUGAUAAAGGAGAAAAAGGACAGUAAAGCAUCGUCAAAGAAAGAUGACACAAUGGAAGUCGACGACGCAGAACCUGAACAAGAUGAUGAAUAGUUUCUAGUUCUAAACAUAAUAUUUUUAAUUACAACGGAUGUAUUUGUACAAAUUGAAAAUAAACAAUAAAUAGAAAUUCGAUGCCUAUUUUGGCAGAUGAUAAA